CAGUUCUAAGGGGAGAGGGAGGGAACGAGGGGCUCCUUCCCCCCCCCACCCCCGACUCCCCCCGGUAAGAAAACGCUGGAGAAGCAAAUCAGCAGUUGUACCUGGUGAACCCUCCUCUUCCUCCUAAACUGCCAGCUCCCACCCCCACUCCCCCCAUCCCAGAUCAAUCCCGGUGCCAGGCUCUGCUGCUCAACAGCCUCACGUUUAUAACUGCAGUGAAUGGAAAGUUUCGCCUGGUAUUUGUGCUGUAGUCUAGCAUUGGGUGUUCGGUCCUGGCAGCUUGCUGAGCUGCACCAUUUGACUGACUGCAAACACAUCCAGGAUAUAUAUCCCACUGGAAAAUUCACAAAUCUUGACUCCAGGUUUUUUCUCCCCUUUGCUUCGGGAAACUUGGCAUCGGAUCUUUAGGCGCGAAUACCGACAGACUUUGCGACUCUCCACAUUAGAGUUUUUUUUUGAAAUCCGACAAGAAUAUGAAUGGAUAACACGUUGCACGGAGCCUCCUCUCCCUAACAUCUGUUGGAGUUGAUCGUGGUUUUGACUUGUCUUUUGUUUUUUUUACCACCGGGAUGAUGUAUUCUCCGAUUUGCCUCACGCAGGUAGAUGAAUUCCAUCCAUUUAUUGAAGCACUUCUUCCACAUGUUCGUGCAAUUGCAUAUACAUGGUUUAAUUUACAAGCCCGAAAACGCAAAUACUUCAAGAAGCACGAGAAACGAAUGUCGAAGGAUGAAGAAAGAGCAGUGAAAGAUGAGCUGCUGAGUGAGAAGCCAGAAAUCAAGCAAAAGUGGGCAUCAAGGUUACUUGCGAAACUCCGCAAGGACAUCCGGCAGGAGUACCGGGAGGAUUUUGUGCUCACUGUUACAGGCAAGAAGCACUCUUGCUGUGUCCUGUCCAACCCUGAUCAGAAAGGCAAGAUGCGAAGAAUCGAUUGUCUACGGCAAGCUGACAAGGUGUGGCGGUUGGAUCUAGUAAUGGUGAUCCUGUUUAAAGGCAUCCCAUUGGAAAGUACUGAUGGGGAACGUCUUGUCAAAUCCUCACAGUGCGCCAAUCCACUACUCUGUGUCCAGCCCCAUCACAUAACUGUAUCGGUGAAAGAGCUUGAUCUGUUUUUGGCUUACUACGCUCAGGAGCAAGAAUCUGUUCAUGCAGAUAGUCCCAGCCGCAGUGAAUCUACGAAAAUUACUCCAGCAUAUCUAGAAGACAGCUUUGUAAAGUCCGGAGUCUUCAGCAUUGGAGAGCUUGUGCGAGUGUCACGAACGGCUAUAACUCAAGGAACUGGGAUUAGUUACAACCUUGCAGAAAUUCAAAGCCAACCAUUCUACCAUGACAUAAACUCUGGACUACAGAGGUCAUUGUCCUCUCCACCAGGCAGCAAACGUCCUAAGACGAUCCCUAUUGAUGACAGCAUAGACACCAGUCCAACAGAAUUCUAUCCUUCUCCCAGCUCACCAACCAGCGUCAGCCGGACAUGGCACGAAAGAGACCAAGAAAUGGCAUCUCCUACAAUGAAGAAACAUGAGAAACCAAUGUAUAGUGGGCCUACAUCUCCGCAAGGUUCAUCACCAAGACUCAGCACUUUCCCACAACAUCAUCACCCUGGAAUCCCAGGACACAGCGUCAUCUCAACAAGAAGCCCACCUCCUCCUUCACCUCUACAUUUUUCAGCAUCCUCCAUUCUUCCUCCUGCUCCCAGUAGUUACUUCUCACACCCAACAAUCAGAUACCCACCACAUCUCACCCCUCAGGAUUCAGCAAAGAACUUUGUACAACUCGGCUGUGGCCCAUCCAAUCCACAAACAAGCCAGCCCAAUAGUAGUGGUCAAGUAGUGGGCAAAGUGCCUGGUCAUUUUACUUCAGUACUGGCUCCCUCACCUCAUCAUGGCAUGUCCAGACCGGUGACACUUGCCAUGUCUUCAGACACUAAACCCAUCACUACAUCAAGCGAAGGUGAGGCAACAUCAUCUUCAUCAUCCACCUACACGGGCUCAGGUACGCCCCCGGCCAACCGCCAAUUUGUUGGACUUAGCUCCAGGGACCCAGCCUUCCUCCACCAGCAGCAGCUGAGGAUUUGUGACUGGACCAUGAAUCAAAACGGCAGGCAUUUAUACCCCAGUGCCAGUGACGAUACUUUGGGAAUUGCUUGGCAAAGUCCUGGUACUUGGGCUAGCUUGGUCCCAUUCCAAGUGUCAAAUGGAACUACCAUCCUGCCAACGAAUGUUCAGAAUUACAGUUUAAACUUCAUCAGUGAACCCUUCCUCCAAGCAGAGACAACAAACUGAAGGCAAUGAAGAUCAAAUAUCAUCUCUGGAUCAAGAAAAAAUGUUUUCAGAAACACAGAAAUGUGAUUGCUGCACUCACAAUCACCAAAUUCUUGCAAGCUUAAAAUCUGCAUAAAUGGUAUUUCAUCAGUAAUACGGUGAGGGUGAUUUUCAUACUUGGAUAACAGAUCAUGCCAAGCACUGGCCUUUAUUGAACACUGGGAUCCACUGGGGACAGUUGUUUUAAUUUCCAAAUCUGACAACCUUAAUACUCUUAUUAGCUUUUAGAUGUUUAAGACUUUGCAUGUUUAGGUAAUUGGGGGGGUUCCGGUUUUUUUUUUCACUCAGUCCAGGAGUAGUAAAACUACAGCCCAGUCUUUGUGAUUGAUAAGGUUUUACUUGUAUGAUAAAGGCUGGAUGAAGAAUGUACAUGUAAUUAUGUGUUUUCUACAAACUGUUGUCUGAGGGGACAAAAAGCCCACAAAGCACACAAUUAGACUAUGCACACUAUACUACUGCAGAAAACAAAACAAAAAGAUGUAGGUGGAGUUUUACUGAAUUUAUAUUUAACAAUUGGCUCACAAAAUUGCAUCUUGUCACUGAAUCUACUUUCCUUUCACUUUUAGUGUUUAGUAUGCAGAUCUGAACAGAUCCUAUUUGAUAAAAGAUAAGCACUUGGAAAAGCAGUAAUAGUCCCUCACAGUUUCAGAUGCUUUGAAAUUAACUUAAUACAAGAAUGAAGCUUACUGAUGGAUUUUUUUGCCCUUAAAAUGUCAGUAAUUCUAUGAAAAAACACUUAAGAGGCAAGUGCAAUUUAUCAUAUCUGAUUGAGGGGUUUAAUAUAAGUCCUUGUGCCCUAGGACUCUAAAUUGAGGGGAUGUAAUGUAACCUUUAAAUAAGCCUGAACAAUUUUUUGCCCCUCCCCCCCUUGAGAAUGUGUAUUAAUUAAGGGGGAUAAAUGAAUAAUAGACACAUGCUUGCUUAGGAAGGUAAUUAAACACAAUUGAAAGUACUGCACUUGAUUCCUUAUACUCCAUUAGCUCUGUGGAGUUUAAAAAUAUAUAAUAUAUAUGUAUCAGGUGUGUCAGGAAAAGAAAGCAUGGCAUAAUCAGUUUCCAAGACGUUGAUGUGAAAGUGUCACACAGAGCGUGUUGGUGAGCAGCAUCGCAGUUUACAAAUCAAUGGCGACAGGGAUGCAGCAGCUAAAUUUCUCGCACUCUACUGAGUAAACACUAUUUUUAACCACAGUGUGCCGAAUAAUGCAUGGUGCUUUUCUUGCACAGUUAGCCUUGCUAUCCACCUGACAGUGCUAGUGGCAGGACUCCAGUGUGCAUGUCAAGUCAGUUUUGGCCCUUCUGUUUCUCUGUAACUCUAAUAGAUCUUAUCCUUGAUUUGCACGAAGUUAUAUAGUCCACAUUACGUGCCUUGCCUUUGAAAUAAAACAGUGAGAUCACUGCACACGUUUGCUGCAUAUAUUAUAGCUCAUCUUAUGAAAACUACCAUUUGUAUGAAAGAAAUUAUUUUGUACUCCAGAGGACAGUGUGACAUCACUAAUUGUCGAUAUUCAAAUACUUUGACUUUGUUAACUCAUUUAUAAAGCAUAUCAUGGCUGUGUAUAGUUGGUGCUUAAAAUUUUUAAUCAGCCAGUAAUAUUUUUCAGUAUUUUUGGCAAGUUUUUUCUAUUAAUCUUUCAUGUUUUUCAUCUUUCAAUUACUCAUUUGGGGUUUUUUGAACUUUUAAGAAUUAUGCAAUACCAAUUUUUGUCUAAAUAGGUAAAGCUUUUAGCUGUAUUGAUUAUCACAAGUUAGUAUGCAGAUUAGCUGAUGUAAGCUUUUUUUCCAUUUAAAUUGACCAAAGUUGGCGCUGCUUUCUAUGCAGUAUGGUAGGUCUUUACAAGAUGGUUAAGGGAGAUGUUUUGGGGAGGAGGGUACUUUUAAGAAGAAUUCUACAGCACAGCUGUGAAGCAUAAUGCCAUCUUCCAAACACAGGCUGCAAAGUAACUGUUCUGUCAACUGUGAUAAUCUCUCAGCUUGGUCCUUCUUUCGACUUUCCACCUGGGGUGCAAUAUGAGUUCAUUGAUUUACAAAAAUAUUAAAAUGUAGUGAUUUUCACUGGAGACAGGCUUGACUUGAGCUUCAAUAUUUAUUGAGCAGCUAGGAUUUUCUCUUGUGAAAAUUCACUUUGGCAGAGCUCCAUCUCCCUGCUGGCCCCAAAAAACCAGAAACAGAACUGUGGGUCUUAAACCACCUUUUCACUGCCCAGCAUGAGCGACUCUCAAGGCUAUUUCUCCUCUUUGCCCUGAGAGCGGAAUCACCAAAUUCAGGCAGGAACUUUUCAGAAGUGGUUUAGAGAUGAAUUGUUCUUACUUUCACUUCUGGCAGGCUGCUGAAUUAGAAAAAAAUCUUCUUCAGUUUCCACUAGGGCAUUCUAAUUUGGCUUCUUAAGGAGAUUGCCUUUUAUUUUAUCAUCAUCACUUUUAGGUAAGUGCCAAAUCAACCACAGGCCUAACCAUCAAAAGCUGCAAAAAUCCAGUAUGACUUGUAAAUUUGAUGUGAUUCAAAUAUAAUUUUAAAUACAGAGAAAUCUGAAGAAAUUCAUCAGGUCUAGCAGCACCUGUGGAGAGAGAA